ACUUUUACCCUUCGUCUUCCCCUCAAAUCCAAUCUCUCUCUCUGCCUCAACAAUAAAUAAGGAGAGAGAGAGAAUUUUGAGAUCGUCAUCGUCGUCAAUGAUGAAUCGAGACCCAAUUGGAUAAAUCACACAAAAACCCUCCCAAACUCCAAAAAAAUCAUUCCACGAACAAAAAAAAAAAUCAAAUCACCAUGCCUUCCGAGUUAACUCAGGAAGAACGAUCCGAGCUAUCGCAAUCCAUCGCCGAGUUCCACACAUACCAACUCGGUCCAGGAAGCUGCUCCUCACUCCACGCCGCAGCGAUCCACGCGCCGCCGGAGAUCGUCUGGUCCGUCGUCCGGCGAUUCGACAGGCCACAGACCUACAAACACUUCAUCAAGAGCUGCUCCGUCGACGAAGGCUUCGAGAUGCGCGUCGGAUGCACGCGCGACGUGAUCGUGAUCAGCGGUUUGCCGGCGAACACGUCGACGGAGAGGCUCGACGUCCUCGACGACGAGAGGAGAGUCACCGGAUUCAGCAUCAUCGGAGGCGAGCACAGGCUCACGAACUACAAAUCGGUGACGACUGUGCACAGAUUCGAGAAGGAGAAACGGAUCUGGACGGUGGUUCUCGAGUCGUACGUCGUGGAUAUGCCGGAGGGAAACUCGGAGGACGAUACGCGUAUGUUCGCUGAUACCGUCGUUAAACUUAAUCUGCAGAAACUCGCGACUGUCACCGAAGCUAUGGCUCGUAACGCCGGCGGCGACGGAAGCGGCGGUUCUCAGGUGACCUGAAAAGAAGAAAAUAGAAACUUUUUUAAAAAGAAAUGAUUUUACAUAUAUGGAAAAAAAAAUGGGAAAUGAAUUUGUUUUUUUUUUUUUAACGGGAAAUGUUAUUUUACGUUGCUUCAUUAUCAGAUUUUCUACUACUCUUUUGUCUUUUUUUAUAAUUUAACCUUCAGAUUUAACCUUUUGCCUAUGUUGAAAGUGUCGCUAAAAUAUUUCAAUUAAGUUGUAAGGUUAUUUCGGUCA